GGGAACUUGAAGUAGAAGAGAUUUCUUACUUUUAUAGAUCUGGUGCUGUAAACACAUCAAGUGGUCUAGGGCUGAUUAACGGACUAUACUUGUCAUUUAUGACAGUUCUCAACAACAGAGCGAUCAAGGAUAACAGCUCAUGCAAAUGGGGGUCUCUGAAAGUAGAGAAAGAUGAUACUGGCAAAUUUAUCAAGGCAGAGCUUUAUCCUCAAAAUACAAAGAAAGAUGAUGGUACUUCCUUGGGUGCUCAGCAGGGUGCGUCUAAACGGCCUGUUAUUCUUCCCGUGGAAAAUAAACAGAAGUGUUUCUUUACGUUCUAUCGUAUCUAUGAAGACCAGCGGAGACGACUGAGUGAUAAAUUUGGAAAAGAUCUCCUGCAUCCUGAUUCACCAUUCUUCCUGAUUCCCAAAGAAAAAAGAUUGUUUGACAAAUCAGAUGGCAUUCUUUUCAAGCCUAAAGGAAUGGGUCCACAGCAUUUUAAAAACCUAGUGUUUAACAUGGCGAUUGAUUCGGGACUGAAUAUACUCGGGAGGAAAAUAACUAACACAUCAUUGAGAGUAGCUGCGUUUCAUAUGCAGGAAAACAUCGGAAUAGAUGCUGUAACUGGGAGACAGUUUUCUGGGCAUGUGAAUCCUGGCACAGCUGCAACAUACCGUAGGAAAAACAAAGAAACAUCGAAUAAAGUUGGAGGAGCCCUUGUUGAAGCCUUUACUGGUUCUCUGGCAAUACAUCCUGAAAACUGUGGAAAAUCCCUGACAAAGGAUCUACCUCUAAUCUAGUUAAACUGCCAUGCCACGAUGGGAUCCUUGUGCGCAUCUAACCAACAUAAACCAUCUAGCUUUGUGUAUAGAAAUUUAUGUUUUUUGAUAGAAUGAUUAGAUGAAUAAACUUUUAAUCUUUAUAA